AUGGAGAUUGAAGAAGCCAGCCGUGAAAGUGGGCAUGUUGUGUGCGGAUCAUGGAUUCGUCGGCCGAGGAAAGUAAACUGGGCCAUAAUCGCCAAAGCUGCUAAACGCCGUGGCUCAGCUGCUUCUCCUGCUCUCCUCAACAUCUUCUCUUUCGAUCCCAUCACUACUUCUCUCUCCUCCUCUCCCUUGGCAACGCAUACGCUUAAAGAGAGUGAUGGUGAUCCCGUGGCAAUCUCAGUGCAUCCUGGUGGAGAUUAUUUUGUUUGCUCAACCUCCAAAGGUGGCUGCAAGUUGUUUGAGAUUGUCGGAGGAACAAGAGUGACUACGAUCUUAGCCAAAGAACUCCUUCCUCUGGAAAAUGCUGGACUGCAAAAGUGUGUGGCCUUCAGCUUUGAUGGGUCUAAAUUAGCUGUUGGGGGAGUGGAUGGAUGUCUCAGGAUUAUGGAGUGGCCAAACCUGAAUGUGAUUUUGGAUGAGCCAAAGGCACACAAAUCCAUCCGGGAUAUGGAUUUUAGUCUUGACUCAGAGUUCUUAGCCACAACAUCAACUGAUGGAUCAGCUAGAAUAUGGAAAGCAGAAGAUGGUUUUCCUUUGUCAACUUUGGAACGUAGUGGGGAUGAAAAUAUUGAACUUUGCCGGUUCUCCAAAGAUGGAACAAAACCUUUUCUGUUUUGUGCUGCUCAGAGAGGUGAUAUUCCUGUGGUCAAUGUUUACGACAUUAGUACAUGGAAGAAGCUCGGGUUCAAGAAGCUGUCAAAGAAGACUGCUUCAACAAUGGCAGUGAGCUUAGAUGGAAAAUAUAUUGCUUUGGGUGGCAAAGAUGGAGAUGUAUCUGUUGCUGAAGUCAAGACAAUGGAAAUCUACCACUACAGCAAGAGGCUACAUCUUGGUCAGUCCAUUGCUUCACUUGAGUUCUGCCCGAGUGAAAGGGUUAUGUUGACAACUUCAAGCGAGUGGGGUGAGAUGGUGACAAAACUGAGUGUACCAAAGGAGUGGAAAGAGUGGCAAAUCUAUGCACUGCUGUUUUGCUUGUUCAUGGCAUCAGUGAUUGCUGCAUACAUAUUCUUCGAGAACUCAGACUCGUUCUGGAGGCUACCAAUGGGGAAGGAUCAAAGAAGACCAAAGAUUAGUCUUUUUGGAAGUUCUUCAACGCCAACUGAGGAUCAUCAAAAAUGGAACUUGGACCUAUAG